AUGCUUAAUUUACGAAGGAUUGCGAUUAAGGUAUACAAGGCAUCAACUGCCAGAAUCGAAGAGGAGUCAUCGACAAACUUAUACAGAUAUACACGGAGAAAUUUGAGUUGUGUAACUCAAGUGGAGAGAACGACGUCAGUGCAACACCCACCAGUUUUUGGGAAGUUGAUCACAGUUCUUAGCAUCGAUGGAGGUGGAAUCAGAGGUCUUAUACCAGCUAUUAUACUCGACUUUCUUGAGAAUGAGCUUAAGAGAAUAGAUGGUGAAGACGCAAGAAUAGCAGACUAUUUUGAUAUGAUCGCUGGGACAAGUACUGGUGGUCUCAUUACUGCGAUGUUAACGGCUCCUAAUGAAGAAAAGCGCCCUAUGUUUACCGCUAAGGCCAUCAAGAAAUUCUACCUCGAAAAUUCUCCAAAGAUCUUCCCUCAAGAUUGCAAUAUGUUUAAAAAAUUUAUAAAGAGCCUAAUGGGGCCGGUAUAUGAUGGGAAGUACCUCCACAACUCCAUAAGGAAGAGGCUUAGAAACGCCAAACUAGAAGAUACAUUAACUAAUAUUGUUAUACCAACCUUCGACAUCAAUACACUCCAACCAACAAUCUUUUCCAGCUACGAGAUAAAGGAAAAACCAUAUUUGAAUGCCUUGCUCUCGGAUAUUUGCAUCGCAACAUCAGCAGCGCCGAUUUUUCUUCCACCACAUCAUUUUGAAACCAAUCAUCAGGGACACAAGCAUGAGUUUAACCUAGUUGAUGGUGCUAUGGCAGCAAAUAAUCCGACACUUAUUGCCAUGGGAGAAAUUGCCAAGCAACUUAUUCGCAAAAAUAAUGACUUUCUUCACAUACCUCAAUCCCUUGAGUAUCGUAGAUUUUUGGUUAUAUCUAUUGGAACUGGUGAAUGCAAAAAGAUAUGGAAAUAUAACGUGAAUAAGGCUUCAAAAUGGGGCGUCUUAGGAUGGUCGUUGAAUGUAUUUAAUUUGUCGACUCCUUUACUUGAUAUUUUCUCUCAAUCUAGCACUGAUAUGGUUGAUAUCCACCUUUCUGUUCUCUUCAAAGCCCUUGACGUUGAAAAAAAUUACCUACGUAUCCAGGAGGAUGGCUUAGAAAGCACAUUAUCUUCACUACAUAGAGCUACGAAGCACAAUUUGGAAUGUUUGAUUGAAACGGGUGAACGAUUAUUAAAAAGGAAAGUUUCAAAGGUCAACUUGCAAACCGGCAACUUUGAGCCCUACAGUGAAAAAACUAAUGAAGAGGCUCUCAAAGACUUCGCAAAACAGUUGUCUGAUGAAAAGCACCUUCGUGACCAUAGAUCACCAUGAACACCAAAAUCGAAUCCAGAUCAUUGCAUCAUUUAAGACACAAAGCCUAACUUUUGGGGCAUUAGGAAAGCUUUAACAUUUGUACUGAGUUGGUCC